AUGACGGUGGAUAAUUAUGGCGCAUUAGGACUGUUCAAUCAACAAAAGGAAGAACAAUGUGUCAAAUCGAAAACAGUCGCGGCUGUUGUGUUCGGUCUUAUAUCGGGUAUUUGUCAUGCGUCUUCUGGACUCUUUACAGUUUUGGCAACAUCCCGACAACUCUCAGAGUUUCAGAUCAUAUUCGUGUCUGCUUUAAUAGGCACUUUGUUUUCAUUCUUGGUUAUCAAACUGCGUCGCCUGAAACUGUUAAUCGACGAUAGACUUACCACAAUAAUCCUCUUCGUAAAUGCUGGAACCAUGUUUUUCGGGGAUUCGGCUUACGUCUUUGCCGUGCAAUUGGUGCCUUUAGGAGACACGACCGCAAUUAUAAACGGAUGCCUGCCUUUCCUAACUGCGCUGCUGUCCUGUGUGAUCCUGAAGGAAUCAUUGCGAGUCACUGAUGGUGUGUGUUCGAUUCUAAAUAUAUGCGGGAUUCUUCUUAUAACAUGUCCAUCUUUUAUAUUCGAUUCACGCUCAGGAGGCCCAAGCAACAUGUUAGUUGGAUACGGGUUGACAAUAACAUCAGCCGUUUGCUACUCACUCUCACCGGUGUUGAUCAGAAAAGUGAAAGACACCAACAUCUUUGUCGUCACCUUCUACCACUGGACAAUAAACUCACUCCUGAGUUGUUUAAUGAUGUUCUUAGUUGGCACGUCAAACUGGCAGCUAUCGGCAGAGACAGCCGGGUACUUGAUCGCUGUUGUCUCCUUUGAUAUCUUGGAGGUGUGUCUGUUAUAUCGAGGCGUACAGAUGGAAGGCGCCAUAACUAUAGUCUUACUCGCAAAUAUAGAUGUCGUUAUAAUGUACAUAUUUGAUCAUUUCGUGCUAAACAAGAAUAUUCAUGUAUUGGAGAUUAUCGGGGCUACUAUGAUUGUUGUUAGUUCUGUUGUGGUGGCGAUAAUGUCGAGUUUUUUUACGGUCUCAAGACCGUGCAAACAACAGAGUAGCGAUGAAGAGUGCGUGAAUAUUGAACGUAUAACCGAGCCGACAAUGACUGAAAAGCAUAAACUCGUAAAUGAUUAA